AUCAUAAGCGUUUGACUCCUAUUGGACGCCGAGGACAAAACUUGGUCUCAGAACUUCCUCCUUCGCAGAAAAAUAUAAACCCUUAGAAACCGAUAUACGUAUACGCCUAUUCAUGUAAAAUUCAGGUAGAUCUACUUGGGCCGAGAUGGCGGCCGGCAGUUCUUUGAUUCUCUACCUAUUCUGGAUAGCUAUACCGGGUACCUUGGAGUACAACUUCCAGCCUGGGUAUGCUCACCAUUACACGUACACCUCCACCACGGAUACCCUGGGGAUGCACAACAUCACUACAGUCAUACGGUUUCAAAUUCAAGCUGUUAAUCGAACCGGAAGUCACCUACUCUACGAGUUGAAGGUUGAGUCGCUUACCCACCACUCUCAGAAAGGUUACUAUGCGGACAAUCCAAUGAAGUGGGACCUAAGUAGACAUUUUUUGUUUGAGCUGGGCGAAACAGGACUGGUUCAUUUCGUCCAUUAUCAUCCCGAGGACAAAGAGGAAGUGGUCACUUUGAAGAAGGCAGUUGUUGGGACUAUGUCCGCCCACUUUCAGGCUUCAAGAGAGACACAAUGGGCAUAUACUUCAAACGAAAUAGAUCACGGAGGACAAUUGCUACAUUCGUACGAAGGCCAGAAAACGGCUGACGGUUCCAUGUUAACAAGGUAUCACUACAGCGAUGCCAACGUCAUCAGAACACACAGAAAGAUCUUGCAUUAUAACACUGAUGGGAUGAUACACCGAAUCCAUCUGGUAGACAACAUAACAACGUACAACACCGAGGACACCCGAGUCAGAAAUGGAUUUCACGAUAAUGGCGCAAUAAAGAUUUAUUCCUCUGGGGAAUUCCCGACAUUACAAAAUAUUGGAGAAACGCAUGUGACCUUCCGGCAGAAAAAGAAAUACGAAGUCGAUGACAGAGUGGGAAGCAUGAUGACAAAUUUAGUGAAAGAUGUCUUGACUGUCGUUAAGAGACCAGAAAAACCAUUGGAACUGAAAAAGAUAGAAAAGAACAUAGAUGACAUGAUAAAAUGCAUUCAUAAAUACGACGACAAAACCGCUGUCGGAAGAACACAAUGCGUCAAGAUAUUGAAAGAAAAUAUUACCCGCCUUGUCGAUUCAGAUCUAAUGGCGUUUGCAGAAAAAUUUCUGAAAAAUAAAUGCGAAAAUAAAUCUUCAAGAUGUGUUGAAGAGCGGCAUCUGAUAAUAGAUGUUAUAGCACGAGUCGGAAGUGACGUAGCCCAAAAAGUUAUCAUUACGCAUGUUCUUAACAACAGUGAUGCUACAGAGGAGGAGCUUCGCCAUGCCCUCAUUCAUUCAAUUAGUUUUGAAAUUCCUAUUGCCGAGCUCAUAGCUGUAAUCGAUGCCUGGUGUUUUUCAAAGAACUUGAAGCUAGAACCGAGUUUCGUUAGCAACACGCAAAGGCGGGCCUGCCUUACUCUAGGUGCUAUUAUAAAAACCCUUCGACAGAAUGGAAAUACUACACUAGCUUUACAACUUGUCAAGAAGUUGGAAGAAGCUUUGGGGAAUCACAAUGAAACUGAAUUUCAGAAGCUUUACAAGCCAAGGAAUCGACGAUCGGCAGAAAAUCCACACACAAAAGAAAACAACCACUUACGGAAAAAGAGAAUGCUAGUUCAUGCUAUAGGCAACGCUGGUCAUCCGAGUUCAUAUCAACAUAUCGUGUCUUACAUGGAGACUGACAAAGCCACACCAUCAUUGAGAAGAGCUGCCGCUUAUGCCCUCAGACAUUAUUCGUGUAAUAAGAGUGCCGAUGCAUUACUAGAGGCAGCAGUAAAUGAUCCUGAGAAUAUUGUCAAGCAAGCGGCAUAUGAGGUGUACUCGUCACAUCCUGCCAGGAAGACUUUCACAUACGAACAAGAAAAUAUAAUUCUAUCAGCGCGUUAUUCCUAUCCAGUGGUUGCUAGAGUCAGGCGGGGUACGUUUGCUGAUAUACUGAAAGCUCUAAGCUUUGAACUUAUUCUGCCGAAGGUCGAUUGGAAGAAGGUCAUCGGAAGUAACAAAAUUGGGGCAUCGUUUGGGAUAUUUAUGGAAAAUUAUAUCAAACUCAAGUUAGCACCAUUUAGUGGCUUGUUUGACUUAAAAGUUCAUGACGAAGCUUGGGCGACUGGAAAUUUGGGUAUUAUCAACAAAUUCAUCGACAUAUUUAGAGUUAAAGUCUGCUACCAGAUAAACUUUCACUACGAUCUGAACAUUCUAAAGGAUUUUGGUAUUGAUAGCAUUCAGCAUUUGGCAACAGCCUUUGAUAGACUCUAUCAUAAAAUAGUGGACCCUAUAAAGGACGCCAUAGAUUUGAUUAGUGACCUCAUAGACAUGGGUAGAAAGCACAUCCUGGAAAAGAUGAUUAAAGAUCUCGUUAGACUCUUAAAAGAGCUGCCAUCAUUGAUCAAAGAAAUGGCGGAAAACAUAUGGAAUUCAAUGCUGAAGAUUAAAAACUUUGAUGGUUAUCCUUUAGCUGACCGAGUAAAGAAGUUAAUCAAUCGUAUUAAAGUAUUUAUUGAUGACGUGAAAGGUGACAUACUGGGGUUUUAUCAUAGUGUAGCUGACGCUAUCACGGUAUCCUUACCAUUUGUGGGAAAAGAGAUAAAGGAAGGAUUUGAACUCAUCGGCGAUUCCUGGAAAUUCUGGGAAAACCCUAUAGCGUCAUUUCAUGGAAUGGAAAACGCACUUAUAAAAUUUAAACUAGCUGUUGUGACAUUCAUAGAAGCAAAACAGCGAGUGAUGGAUUCAUUAAACGUGUUUAGAGAUGGUCUUCCGUACUGGUUUCAUCCGGUUGAAGAAGUUAAGGGUAUGAUGAACGAUGUGAUGGACAUAAUGGGAAUGGUUAAAGAUGAAAUGCUUCAUUACAACAAAGAUCCAAAUGCUAAUUUCUCCGAAAGUGAUAUUACUGAUGGAUUCAAUAUAUGCGAAAACAAAAAAACCAUCCAUCAUGUAGUAGAUGACGCUGUGCUACCUGUGGUCAACCGUACACUAAUAAGGGUUAAGGAAAUAGCGAAACCUUUCUGGGACAAAGUCACAGAUAUAAUCCAUCUUUUUAAAAGAAUCAAAAGUUCUUAUGAUUUCGUGAGAGAAGCCAUAAGCAAAGGAAAAUUCUUUAUUCAAAAGAUCUUUGGAGCAAAGUUCCACAGAAAGUUUCCAAAAAUACCAGGACCAUGUGAUAAACAGUCAUGUGCAUGCGGUGAAUAUAAAUUAAAAGACAAUGGAAGACAUGGGUUGGAUUUAAUGAUCGAUUCGAAGAGUAAACAUGACGUAUUAAACCCUAUGACUGGCUUAGUCUCUAGAUAUAGUGACAACGAAGUUCUCAUCCAACCUCACAGAGCAGAUGUUAACAUGUACGAGAUAAUCGUGUCAAAUCUUGAGCAUAUCAACCCAAAGAUUCCCCACAAUGGGAAGAAGAAAUUUUUCCUUGGUGGGCAUAAUAUUGGCAGAGUUGUUGAUAAACUUGAAGACUGUGAAUUUAACUACGUGACAGUGUACAUGAGGAAGAUACCGGAGAAUUCUACAGGGAUGAAUGAAGACCAUUAUGAAUACAUUGACCCAUCGAAAUAUACAAGAAAGAAAAAGCCCAAAUCGUUUUGGAAACCAGUCUGCAAAGAGGCCUUUUAUCAUUACAUUGGACAUGUGGCAGACGAUCUUGACAUGAGCGAUGAACCUGAGGAAGACGAAACUGAAACGAAUAGAGAGGUAGACAGCAAAAAAGUCAAGGGACCCAAUUUUUUGCACAGACAUCAUCAUGUUGGAAAGCGAUCGAUACAAAUGCAGAAUAGCAUAAUCCGUAACGCAAGGUCUGUAGACUGUGAAAGCGAAGACACAAAAUCAUUCAAAUGCAAGCUUAAGAGGUUUGCCACUAAAGUCGGGGGAAUGGCUGAGAAACUACUUCAAAAGACGAAAGGAGCAAUAAUGCCAGGAUUUGAUAUCUUUGAAAUUUCCAUAUCUGAAAUCCAGUCACUUAAUAUCAGCAGCGAACUGAUGAUCCAGCUCAAUGACCGUAUACAAUCAUUGAGUAAAGUUAUGAAAGAAGCCCCGAUUGAAUAUCCAGACAGUCUGCCAAUUCACAGAAUAAAACACAAGCUUCGGGAGGUUGGAGCCGACUAUCAUGAUGUAGUCAAUGCGGACAGAUUAUCACUUGUGGAUAAGCUCUUGACAAAACCUUUAGAAGAGUGUCCAUCUUUCCUGCAUGCUGUUGCUUUGGAGUAUGGACAUUUGUGUGAUGCCCACAAAGACUGCCUUGGAUUGACUUGUGGAGCAGUGUUUAGAGAAGGAUACCGAAGACACCUCAUCAAGUUCACUGUUCGCUGGAACCCCUGUAAGGAAGAGUUCGAAAUGUCGUUCGACGGAAUGAAGCACCUGGUCCACAUUCUUAUUAAUGAAACAAAAGAGUAUCCAUAUGAGAUAUCAAACGAAGCAGAUAAAGAGAUCUUAUUCAUAAUGUCAUCAAACGUUUCAACUACUCCGACGACCACCUACUAUUUGAACAUGACAGGGUCUUUAUGUGCUUCUGAUUAUUUCUCAUGUUACGCAGACGUCAAUAUCUUAAAAAACUUUCAAGUCAAUAAGACGUCAAAUACAAGUGAACACUGCUCUGAACAAGGUGAUUAUGACCCAUAUAUUGAACGAAUCCGUUCCUUAAACUUGCAAGAUCUUAUUGAAGAAACAUCAGAGUUUGGUCUGGAUAUUCAUCCACUCUUAAUUCUUGUGAAUAAGCUGCGAGAGGAAAUCAUUAAGGAUAUAAUGAGCUCAGUCUCAAGUGGAACUGAGGCAUUUGAAAACGCAUUUCCAGCGAUGAUGGAUCUCCGAAUGAGCAAGUUUAUUCCUCUUGGUCAUAUAGACAUCACAAUAUUUGAAAUCACCUUUGGGUUUAUGGUUGGACCCAUUCCUCUCAGUUUAUCGUUUGGAGCUGGAGCAAACAUCGGAGCUGAUCUUGAAAUUUCAUUGGCUUUAAUGAGUCUGCAGGCAAACGGCACUCUUAUUCCCCGUAUUGGGGCCGUCGUUUGGGGAGAACUUAGUGUUGACAUUGGAUUUGCGUAUGGUGGGAUUCGUCUUGAGGGUCAUUUGGUUCAAACAACAUUUCCAAUUACUAUUUCGCUGACAUUUUCUAAGUUCCCAAUCGCCACAGUAUUCAAGCUUGAUCUGGAAUUGGUGCCACUAGAGUUAAGACUGAAAGCUUUUGCAAAACUUCGACUUCUCUUCGUAACUGUGACUGUGUUUGAUGCAUGUAUAUGGCGAUACAAGAUGGACACAAUCAGGAGGAACUUGAUAAACACAGAACAUAAGAAAACCGACGAUUCUCCUCCAAAUAUCGGUCAUGUUUCUCAAAAUGUUAGACGGAAACGAAGUGGAAAUGGUGGUUGUGACGUCACACAGUUUAAAUAUAGAAAUCCUACUGAUCCUGCAUUUCUUCUGGAGGUAAGUGCUGACGAUGAGGUUAGUGACGUGACUCUCACGUAUGCAAUCGGAACACACAGGGGUGGAUCUAAUGUUGUGGAUUGGACGGGUAUGAAAGGUUCUUCUUUGACAGCACCAGUGAAUUUACCCAAUGGUAUUCCUCUAUAUUGGACUGUUAAAGCCAGGAAUAGCAAUGGAGGCACAGCAGUAGUGGAAUGCUCCCUAAACACAUACGAUAACACUAAACCAGAUGGACGUAUCGAAGCUUCAUAUCCCUAUACCAGUCAUCCUAGUAAACUCUCAGGAACAAUAAUUGUAUUUGAUGAUUCUAAACUUAUUGAAACACAUGCACAAAGCGUUGGUUUUUCUCAUGGUGAGUUUGGAAAUGAGGUCGUGAAUUGGAAUCAUUUACUCCUUCAUUCAACUCAUAAGAGAGAAUCGAAAGACAGCCAUCUACAAUUUUUUACCGUGCCGAGGGAUGGAAAGUUAACGUCAAUGUUUAUGAGAAGGAUGAAAGUAAACUCCGCUAAUAACUGUGCUAAAGAAUGCACAAACUAUGGAGAAAAAUGUGUUUCAUUUGAUUUUGAGUUUCACACUGAAACUUGCGACUUGCAAUCUGUUGUUGAGGGUCCAAAUGCUGAACUAAGAAUCAGUGGAACGUACAAAAAUUACGAAAGAUUAGGCAUUGGAUAUAACGCUUUUGUAUCGUACAACGUUUCGUUGAAACAUGGAAUGAGAUAUUUCAUAAACGCUGAAAUAACGAAUGAUUUGGGAUACAAAGCAUUCAUUACAUCUAGAGGAACAAUGGUGGAUUACACUCCUCCUGAACCAGUCAAUGUUGGAAAUGCUACUGACGACUAUACAACAUCUGAUGGCUGUAAAGCUGCAGUCACGCAACGAUGUAUUGAUGUUACACCCAAGCUUAACCAUAGACGUAUCAUAGACGGUCCAAAUGCAAGUACGGUAUUCAACGGACACGAAUCUUUGAAAGAAACACUAUACACCCUAACGAACCACUUUGUAUCAGCUAACUUUGAUAGUUUUCUGGAUAAGGAGAGUGGAAUAUAUGGUUAUACAUGGGCAGUUGGUAAACAAAUAUGUGGGACAGAUAUUUCCUCAUAUGCUGAUCCUCAUGCUCAUUUAUCCAGUCCCAAGUUCUGGACUAAUAUAGGGUACGCAAGGGAUGUUCAUCUCUCUGAUGGGCAGUAUUACGUCAGUGUUCAAGCAUUGAACAAUGUCGUACAUGGGGGAUCUCUUGUAACAACAGUUUGUCAUUCUGUGCCACUGACCGUGGAUACAACUCCUCCCAUAUUUAAGGGUUUGACAGAUAUCAUAUUCGAUGAGGAUUUCAACUUGAUGGCUAUAUAUUUUGCUGCCGAAGACCCACUGUCAAAAAUUGCCAGAGUAGACUUUGGUCUUGGAAAAACGAAACAUGAUGUUGAGGUACGAGGAUACUCAAAAUUCGAUUACAUGCAGACAGAAAACCCGUAUAUCGUUAUCAAAGAUUUAAAUAUAACAGAUGGAGAACCUGCUUGGAUUCGUUUGAGGGCUGUGAAUAAUGUGGAAUUAUUUACUGCUGGUCAUAGUGACGAUCCCAUCUUGAUUGAUAAAACCAAACCUCAUGCUGGUAAAGUUUUGGACGGAUCUACACUUGACAAGGACGAGACAUACCAAUCAAAGAUCAAUGAGAUAUGUGCAAGCUGGAAAGGGUUCUUUGAUCCAGAAUCAGGGAUCAGUCAAUACACGUGGGGAGUUGGAACGGAAAAGGGAAAGGACGAUAUCGUCCGAUUUACAGUUUUGUCACGAGAUAUCAAAGAAAAGUGUUCAGAAGCAAGUUUGACACACAACAAGAAAUAUUACAGUACAGUUAUUGCCAAAAAUAGUGCCCUAAAUCCAAAAACUAUCCAAGCUUCAUCUGAUGGAGUGAUAAUAGAUACAACACCACCCGUUGUUGGCCAUGUAAGAGAUGGGGACAAUCCGACAAUGGAUAUGGAAUUCUCCUCAGAGACUGCUGAAUUCGCUGUAAACUGGGAAGGGUUCAGAGACCCAGAGAGUGGUAUUGCUGCAUAUACCAUACAAGUGUUCAUCAAUGGUGAAGAAAUACGAACUUUCGAUGCCGGAAUUUCAACUUUUUUCAAAGACUUCUCAAUGACCUUUCACCAAGGAGAUCACGUUAAAACUCGUGUUUCUGCUAGAAACGGGGCUGCAUUGGUAUCAUCAGUUACUUCAUCUGGAUUCAUAAUAGACCUCACACCACCGGUCGUUCAGUUUAUUUAUGCCUCAAACGAAGGACAGAAGUAUCAAACUGACAACUCCAGCUUGAAUCUAUCCUGGCAAUUUAACGACCCAGAGUCAGGAAUGAAGCUGUUUAGGUACAGAGUUUAUGAUUCCUAUCAAGGAAUGAAAGGACCGAUCACGGAAGAAUUUGUCACAAAUAUGACAUCUGUACGAUUGCCUUUGAAUAUGUUAGGAGGUCAUAAAUAUUCUGUAAAGGUGAUUGCAUUGAAUAAUGCAGAUAUGCCGAGUUCCCAAGAAUCUGAAGGGGUCAUGAUAGACAUGUCACCUCCCAGGAUACGCGAGGUUCACAUUGGUUUGAUUAAUGUCCCAGAAGACACCCUUGAUAAUGGUACGGUCAUGCAUGCCGACGAAAAACGAGUGACUGUAAGUCUUCGAGCGUUGGAUACUGAAAGUGGUAUUUCUAAACUCUUCAUUGCUAUUGUGGAGGACGGAAAUGUACCAAGAACCGAUGUCUAUCGAGUAUAUGGAUUUGCCCCGACUAUAGACAUAGAAGGUCUAACUUUGGUGCCCUCCAACGUAUAUCGACUUUUUGUGGUUGUGGAAAAUGGUGCUGGCGUUAAUUCAACUCUAUAUCAAGAAAAAACAAUAUAUGUCAUGAAAAAGAAUGUUCCUGGGAAAGUGUUUGAUGGUCGUCAGCUUCUGGUAGAUAACGAUUUCACAAAAGACAAAACGUCAUUAGCCAUGUCUUUUAUCGGAUUUGAAAGCGAAAGUUGUAACAUAGUACAAUACGAGUGGGCUGUCGGUUAUCAGCCAUUCGUUUAUGAUGUUUUGCCUUUCACGGAUUAUGGUAUUGUAAUGCGUAAUGAAAGUUUUGGUCAAGGUCAGAUCCAUCUGCGUUUGUAUGAAGAUUCUACAUAUUACAUAACUGUCAGGGCAAGAACAGGCUAUAAUUGUAAGGUUGGACAAUAUAUCGUUUCAACCUCGGAUGGGAUAAAAUUGGACACGACACCUCCUGAAGUAAAGAUAACAAAAUUCGGAGAACGUAUGAUAAAUAAUGACAUGAUAACAGGUUCUCUAUAUCAGGAUCGGACAGAUGCAGUAUCUUUUCGUUGGAAUUCUUCAGAUUCUUCUGGGAUAUCUGAAACCUGGUGGUCCAUUGGAUCUUUACCUGGAAGGGAUGAUAUCCAUAAGAAACAUUUCACUGACAAAACAUUUAUUCCAGCUGGAACUGUAUCUUUCUCAAAUGGCCAAACAUUCUAUCUUAAUAUUGCAGCUGUUGAUAAUGCAGGUAACGAAAAAAUAGUUUCUUCACCAUCUAUAACCGUGGAUAUUACCGAUCCAAUUAUCAAAAAUUACCGAUGCACCUCAUUUAUAUCAGAACGGCGAUCACUUGUUAAAUGCCAAUGGGACAUACAAGAUCAAGAAAGUAUGAUUACAAAGAUGUUAGUUGGUGUAGGCAAAAACGAAACAACUCCUGAUAUAUCGGAGUUCCAUGAAAUUCCCAUAUCUAAGCGAAACUGGAUACGAGAUAUGUAUGCAAAACUUAAAAAAGAUCCUGUACAAAGAAUUUACAUCAUCAUCAAGCUAAUAAACGGAGUUGGACUAGCUCGUGUUCAACCUUAUGAAAUAGUUGUGGAUAGAACUCCUCCAGAAAAAGGCACCGCUGAAGUCAUUACUACCCUUAACAGGAUGCAGCCGCCAAGCAAACAGCUUUGUCAGAUUCCUCAAACGUUUAUAGAAGUGAGAACAUUUGGCUGGAUCGACAAAGAAUCCGGAUUAUUGAGAUACGAAGCUGCUGUUGGGACGAACGGAAAAACAACAAAUAUUAAAGAUUUCAAACCUAUUGAAAAUCCCGAAAAGUUUUUGAUAAACAAUAUUGUCAUGCCAGAAGGAAGCAAAGUCUACGUUACAGUGCGAUCUUACAACAAAGCUGGACUAUACGGACAAGUGAGGUCCAACACCGUUGUAAUUAGCUCUCAGCCUUCGCUGAAGGUAAUCGAUGGGCCAUCAGAAACUGACAUUGAUUUUCAAUCGUCAUUGGGUGUUCUUGAAGGACGAUGGCUAUAUUCCGAUACCUGUGAUAUAUUAAGUGCUGAAUGGUCUGUGGAAAUGCUAGACGGUUCCAGUUUCAAGUCUCCUUCUUCAAUCCCAAAUAGCAUAGCUCAUUUCUAUUCUGAUAUGGUCACCCUGAAGAAUGGGAUCACAUAUAUAAAUGUUAUCAAAACAAUCGACGCCUUAAAUAGAACAAGAAUCAGUAGAUCCAAUGGAGUAGCAGUGAGAAUACAACCACCUUUACCGGGCGAUGUUCGAGAUGGUCUCCAGGAUGAUAUUAACUAUCAAGAAUCAAUAACAUCUCUAAGCGCAAAUUGGGAUGCAUUCGGUAAAAGUUUAGAUUCCAGAGAUCCCACGCAACAAAUUCUAUAUUAUGAAGUUGCAAUAGGAAAUGACAGGCGUUUUCCGAACUCGAGAUCAAAUAUACAUUACUUUGAAAACGUAGGUUUAAACACCAGUUAUACUUUUAAUGGAUUGAACCUCACCGCUAAAAGUGUUCAGUAUUUCAUAACUGUACAAGCAAUGAGUCGUGCUGGAAGUACGCAGGAAAGCUAUUCUAAUGGAAUUCGUGUAGGUUAUCGAAAUGAAAUAAUUCCAGGUGAAAUUGAACAUUCAAGAAUUCAGUCCAGUACUUCGGAACUUGCUGUAUCUUGGACAGGAUUCCAAGCUGACAUGGGAAUAGAUCAUUUCCGCAUCGGUUUAAGUUCAUUCCCCCCUGAUUUGCCAAACGAUACAUUGAAUUGUAUCGAUUUUAACACCAUUUUACCAGAACUUGAUGAAGUACCAAUUUUCAAAGUCCAGAGGGAUACAUUCUAUCAAUUCAAAGAUCUUGAUUUGAAACACAAUCACACUUAUUACGUUCUGGUGGUGGCAACUGAUGUCACGGGACGUUGUAUUGGUGUUCAUGGUGAUCCUAUCUUAAUUGACACGACACCUCCAAAGCCAGGAAAUAUAUUCGUAGAAGGUAGCGAGGGUGACAAUGUUCUGUAUUCAAUAGUCCCUAAUCACCUAAAGCUAGAAUGGGAUUAUUUCAAAGAUGGCGAAAGCAGCGUUAAGCUAUACGAAAUCUCUAUUUUCACCACAACUGCCUGCACUGAUAAAGAUGCUAUAAAUGCUGAUACAUCUAAAUCGUAUUUGCUCAUUAGAGAAGACCGUGUUGAAAACGAUAACAAGAUUGUUUUCUAUGAUUUACUACUCGAACCGGGGAUAUCAUACGUUGGACGUGUAAAGGCUUGGAAUGAAGCAGGCUUGGAAUCUAGUUUAUUUUCGAGGCAUAUUCGAUUUGACUUUUCCUCUCCUAUGCAGGGCUCAGUCAAAAGAGGAAGUAACUGGUUUGAAGAACCUUUGUUUCAACCAUUUACUAGUCAUGUGGAUGGAUUAUUGGCUAUUUCCAACCCGAUCGACAAUGUAUCCUUCAGAUGCCAGUCUCAGGAAGUUUUGAUUCCAUCAACGGAAGAAAUCGCCCCCUUCCCCAAUUUAGACGAUCAAUUUUCUACAAACUGUAUAGAAGUAAAUAAAGACAGAAUAGAUCUAAUUAUUCGCCACGAUGAUAACAUUAAAAAUGUUAUCAAGGGAGGAAUUUUAGUAGAAAACAAAGAGUUGCGUAGAGGCAAUUACACAAUCAAGAUAAAAUCUGUGUUAGGUAAAAACAUGGUUUCUACAAUUUUCUUUGGUUCAGACAAAACCUGUAUUGAGUCUCAUUUUGAAUACACCCCUGAAAAGAAGGUAAAUGCCUCAUUCAGAGAAUGGAGUGAUAAAUCCUAUUCCAACAAUAUGAAUACCACGGAGCAUACAGAUGUUACCAGUAGAUCGGAAACAACUGAUGCAAUCUAUGAAGUCCCUAGUACUGACGAGUUUGCGAAACAGGAAAGCACUACAUUAGGAUAUAAGGAAAAGUCCAUUAAUAUGGGAAAAGAAGGCGAAUUCAGCUUUGGUGUACACAUUCCGGGGUAUCAGUUUGAGGAAAAUUGGGUUGCUUUCUUUUGGAUAAAGGAUAUUUAUAGAUCAGAAAUGAAACAAGUUGCACUUGAAUAUGAUCCAACUACAUCAGAAACUGAGUUUUCGUUUAGUACAACAAAAAAUGAACUUCCAACACAGACAAUUUGGGGGGUAAAAUUUUUCAUCAAUGGUGUUCUGAAAGGAGAGUAUAAUGGAUUGAAGUUUUCAAGUAAAGCAGUGAUGGGCAUUUACAAUUGGAAUAAGGACAACUUCUUCCCACCUAUUUCUAAUCCUGAUCUUCCAAUUGCAUAUAAAUCAGUUGCUGUUAUUACUGUCCUGAAAGUUCCUCUAUCAACUGACAAGCCAUGCAUGCACGGACUACCGUUCGCAGACAACGAAAGUGGAAUAAAGGAAGUGUUGGUUGGUCUAUCUGAUACGAAAAAUAUCAAUGACACUGGAUCAAAAUCCCCAUUAACUCGAUUCAAAACAUUCUGUAAACCUUGUCGUCCUGGUUGCAACGUUGAUUGUAAUCCACUUUGUAAAACCGAUCAAACGGACUUUAAUAUUGUUCCGUUCACAAUAAAAAACGUUAGUUUGGAGCACGCAACAAUCGACAAAUCUAACAUAUCAUCAACUGGAACAAAUUUUCACGUGCCAGCCUAUUACAUCAAUGUGAAAGUAGUUAAUUACGCAGGAUUAGAAACCAUAGUUACUUCUGAUGCCAUUAUGGUGGAUAUUUCUCCUCCAAAUCUUGAUUUCGUUCGUUGUCUCGAUCCAUCAGAUUCUAUGGAUGCGCCAUCACAAUACCAGGGGACAAAUACAAGUAUGGCGGCAUACUGGGAUGGAUCCGAGGAUGUUGGUGACAUCACAGCCUACAAUAUUUCCAUUGGAAAAAGACCAGGUGCUGAUGACAUAUACAAGAAAACAAAUAUCGGAUUGGCAACGAAGAUAAAAAUUAGCAAUCUAGAUGGAAAACUUUUUCACGACAAUACUUAUUUCAUCACCGUUACAGCCAUUAACUCUGCGGAAUUGACUGCCAGGAAAUCGUGUAACAUAACUGUGGAGACCGAAGCCCCUGAUAUCAGCAAUCUUAAGGUAACUGUGUUGCUAAGUAAAUCAGACAACCACGGGGUUUACACAACCGCAAACAGUAAAGGACUUGGAGUUACAUGGACAGGAGGAAAAUCUGACGUUGAAUUCUAUGAAUGGCAAGUAGGAUCUUCACCACAGGGAAAUGAUAUAUUUCCAAGAGUAAAGAUAGGAUUGCAAGAUUCAAAGAAAGCGACGAUAGAGAAAGGGAAGUUGCACAUUGAUGAUAAGUCUUUAAAUACAAGUAUUGGUGCAUACGCAAAAAAGAACUGGACAGAUGAAACCGUAAAAGAGGCCAAGUCGAAUAAUUUUUUCAAUAUGGAACCGGGAUUGUGCCUUUACAUAACCUUGUUUGCAGUUGGGAGAUCUCAUUUAUCGAGUUCAAAACAAAUGGAUCCAUUCUGCAUAAAGCGAAACAUUGACAAGCAGUUUUUACCACAUGAAAGACGCAGAACCUCAAACCUUAUUCAUAUAGGAGAGCAUAUUGAAAUUAAACCAAGCGGAGGUGCUCUUAGUGGAAUGAUAACAGCGAAAGACUACACAGAGGAAUAUGGAUCUGCAGCUUCCGGAGAUUAUGUCAGAUACAUCGUGAGCCCAAGAGAAAGACACUCUGAAACAUCACGGUUGUUAAGAAAUCGAAUCCUGUCCAAUAUUGGUCAUACAUUUUAUAUCACUCCCACAGAAGAUUCAGUGAACAUCAUCUCAAACAUUGGAUUCAAUUCCUCCAAAUUUGAUGUUAACAUGAACAUUCCUGCUCUUGUUUAUUGGAAUAAAGAAAUACAAAAAUGGGUAUCAGUAGACGAAAAGUGCAAGACGUCGAAUAUAACAUCGCACCGUAUCCUAGAGACUUUGAUUUGUUCUGCAGUAUUUCAAAAUGAACACACACAAAGACGUAAGCGAAGUCCGGGUCAAAGAAGAAAUGGUAGUCAUCCCCGGAUGUUUACCCUAAUGAAAAUAAAACGAAAUGCACAAAAUAAUGAACCGAUCAUUGAUACAAAAGGACCUCUGAAUUAUCAAGAAGACAACACAACAUUUGCAAGAAUCCAAAUAGUGUCCCACGAUAUAGAGAAUGAUAGUUUAGUUUACUCCAUGGUCAAAUCUCCAAAACAUGGUGUUGCUAAUAUAACAACUGACGGAUGGUUUACAUAUAUUCCUGAAAGAGACUUUAGCGGCUCUGACGUGAUUGAAAUAUGCGUAUCUGAAGUAAACAUCACAUCACCAUUUGUAGCAACAAAUUCCUACAAGCAAUUCGAUAUCAAUGUUACUCCAACAAAUGACAAUCCCACUAUUAAUUUUGAUCCACGUAUUUCUUUUCCACAUAAUGCAACCGCAAUAAAAGAUAUUCAUACGAUUGUGUGUGAAAGCAAUGUUACAAGGGAGAAUGUGUAUGGAAUCAUCACUGCAGAUGACGUAGAUUUAAACGAUAAUUUAACUGUCAGGCUGCUUAACGAUUCAGACGACGGACUGUCUACAUUUAAACUGACUACAUCAAGUUCUAACAAUAUACCGUAUUCGCAUUCCGGCGCCCACGUUGAGAUGAUUCUAAGCCAUCAUCUGAGCAAAACCUUUAGCGGCCUCACUAAAGUUGGUAUCAGGGCCCAUGAUAGUCAGCUCGAUGUUCGAAAUUUAUUUGGAUACAGCAGAGAAAUCACCGUCCAAGUGUUUGUUUUGAGAAAUCCAUGCAUGCAUGGAGUGUGUAUGAACACAACUAUGGUUCCCUGCUCUGACACAUCACGAGCGUUUAGUUUUGAUAAGUUUGCAUGCGAUUGUAGCGUAGGAUACACUGGUCAGUGGUGCGAAACGGACAUAAAUGAAUGUUAUCCAAAUCCAUGUUCCGUCUUUUACGAUUGCAAAGACCUUAUUGGUCAUUAUGACUGCGUCUUAAAUGGCCCCAAAACGUUUGGAUUAGCCGUAGGUUUUCUUUUCAUCAUAGGAUUUCCAGCUAUGCUGUUCUGGAGACAUUUGAAAAAGCGUCGACCUAAUAACAAAAUUUCUGAUAGCAUGUUCUGGCAACCAUCAAAUACCAGAAUGACCCCAAGACCUAGAUACAGUGCUAGAAUUUCUCCAGCUAAGGACGAUUUCCCAACGACGUCCAAUGGUGGAAAAUGGGGACAAUCUUUUCCAUUCAAUAGCGAAGAGGAGAGAGCAUCUGCAAUGAAAUCCUUGUCUGAACACAAUGCCAAUUUGACCAACUUCAACAAACCAUCGACCACAGAAACUGCAUUCAGGACAUGGCAUAUGGCAGGGAAAAAAGUCAUGAAGGGGGCCGAUCUGAAUAAGCGAAACGGGGCAUCUUCAUCUGGAAUUGCUGAUCCACCACAAAGGGUUGCCACCCCAAGUGCCAUCACUAGCUUUUUUUCUGCCGAUUAGUUAAAUUCAAAAUGAAAACGCCGAAUUCUUGUAGAAUGUAGAAUAGUUUGUGAUUUUGAUUUACUAGUAAAUAAAAGCAUCUUGAAAAAA